GUUCACUUCACUUCAUUCAUCAUUCGUGUUUCGUCGUUGGUUUUGCUAUUGUGUUGCGCUCGCCAUUUGUUGUUGAACUCGUGUGGAGCGUCUCCGCCGCGAACUGUGAUGUGAUCCGUUGAAAAUAAUUAGUUUCAGUGUAUGCGUGCUGUUAUCUGUGAUAAAAUGACCUGAAUAUAAUGUGGUUGCAUUAGUGGUGCCAGUUAAUUAGUGUAAAAUGGGUUUGAUCACGUCAAGGGAACCAACAAUGUUGGACGGACCGGUCGCGUCGACCAAGAGUAACCAUGUCCGCCAGCCUUCAACCAGGAAUCGGACGAAGCCUCCAAUGCCGGAUCGAGAUGAGCUGGAGAGCCGAUUCAUCAAAGUCCUGACGUCAAUGGACCUGCCUCCCGACAAAGUGAAGCUUCUCCGCAACUAUGACCUGGAGAAGAAAUGGGAGAUCAUCUGCGACCAGGAUAUGGUGCAGGCGAAGGACUCCCCGGCGCACUACCUCAACAAGCUCCGCACGUACCUGGACCCGAAGGCCUCGCGGAGUCAUCGGAAAAGAAAAAUGGUUGGUGAUUCAACAUCCACACAAGUUCUCAGAGAUCUGGAGAUAUCACUUCGAACUAAUCACAUAGAAUGGGUUCGCGAGUUCCUCAACGAACAGAACCAGGGGCUGGACGUGCUGAUCGACUACCUGAGCUUCAGACUGAGCAUGAUGCGGCACGAGCAGCGGAUAGCGCUGGCCAGGAGCCAGUCCAGCGACGGGAUCAACCAGGGAGCAAACACAACCUCAUCAGACUGUACGACGCCGGCGGACGCCAGCUCCACACUAAACGCCUCUUGGAGGAGGAGGGCUCGAAGCACCGACGCGGAGUUAGAAGCCGCGGGCAGCCCGGCCGUGGCUCGACGGCGGACGAGACACGCGGCGCGACUUAACAUGGGCGCCUCGACUGACGACAUACACGUGUGCAUCAUGUGCAUGCGGGCUAUCAUGAACAAUAAGUAUGGUUUCAACAUGGUGAUCCAGCAUCGGGAAGCCAUCAACAGCAUCGCGUUAUCCCUAGUCCACCACUCGCUCCGUACCAAGGCACUGGUACUAGAACUCUUGGCUGCCAUCUGUCUAGUGAAGGGUGGUCACCAGAUCAUUCUGUCGGCGUUCGACAACUUCAAGGAGGUGGUCGGAGAACCGAGGCGGUUUCACACGCUCAUGGAGUACUUCAUGAAUUAUGACACGUUUCAUAUUGAGUUUAUGGUGGCGUGCAUGCAGUUCGUGAAUAUCAUCGUGCAUUCGGUCGAGGAUAUGAACUUUAGGGUGCACCUGCAAUACGAAUUCACGGCGCUCAAACUCGACGACUAUCUGGAGAGGCUGAGGCACUGCGAGAGCGAGGAUCUACAGGUGCAAAUAUCGGCGUAUUUGGACAAUGUUUUCGAUGUGGCCGCCCUUAUGGAGGAUAGUGAGACGAAGACAGCCGCCCUGGAGAAGGUCAACGAACUCGAGGAUGAGUUGGGACAUGCUCACGAAAGGCUAGCGGCGUUAGAGCGAGAAGCAAUAGCGAAGCUAGGAACGUUGGAGGCGGAGCUGGCUCAAGUCCGGCAGGAGAGGGACCAGCUGGCCGAGGCGCGGCGGCAGGUCGUCGAGGAGGUAUCAACGUUAAGGCGAGCGCAGCAGGACUCGAGAAAUCGCCAGUCGAUGCUCGAGUCCAAAGUUCAAGAGUUGGAGUCGCUCACGAAGUCGCUACCUAGAGGGGCCUCAAUGGGCGCGAUAUCGUCCCACGCGCUAUGCAACGGCACAGCGAACGGUCACGCGCUCACGAACGGCGACCACCGGCCCUCGCCACCACCGCCACCCGUCCCUACACCCGCCGUCCCGCCGCCGGCUCCCGCGCCGCCGCCGCCGCCGGUUCUCGCCCCGCCGCCGCCGCCGCCGCCGCCGGUUUUACCCGUGGCGCCGCCGCCGCCGCCCGCCCCUGGUCUAAUGCACCCGCCGUUACAACAUGAUGCGAUGACGAUCAAGCGGAAGGUCGACACGAAGUACAAACUGCCCACGCUCAACUGGAUCGCGCUGAAACCCAAUCAGGUCCGCGGCACAAUAUUCAACGAGCUAGACGAGGAGCGUCCGCGGCGGCGGAUCAACUUCGCGGAGUUCGAAGAGAAGUUCCGCAUCGGCGGCGUCACCGCGGCCGUCGACGCCUGCGACGCCGACACGCUCGCUUCCUUCCCGUCCAAGCGCUUCCGCAAGCCCGACACCGUGUCGCUGCUCGAGCACACCAGGCUGAGGAACAUCGCAAUAUCCCGAAGAAAACUCGACACGCCCGUCGAAAAAGUGAUCGCCGCCGUCAACAAUUUAGACCUCAAACAGCUGCCUCUAGAAAGCGUCGAGAUCCUCCAACGAAUGGUCCCGACAGAAGCCGAGCAGAAAGCCUACAAGGAAUACUUGGCAGAGAAGAAAAACAUCAACCAACUCACGGAAGAAGACAAAUUCCUCAUGCAACUCGCCAAAGUCGAGAGGAUAUCAGCAAAACUGUCUAUAAUGAGUUACAUGGGCAAUUUCUUCGAUAACAUCCACCUCAUCACGCCUCAGAUCCACGCCAUAAUAUCCGGAUCUUCCUCAGUCAAAUCUUCACAGAAGUUACGGAACGUUCUGGAAAUCAUUCUAGCUUUUGGAAACUACUUGAAUAGCAGCAAAAGGGGGCCAGCGUAUGGUUUCAAGCUUCAGUCGUUGGAUACGCUCAUGGAUACGAAAUCGACGGACAAAAGGAUAUCCUUGCUGCAUUAUAUUGUGGCGACGAUACGACAAAACUUCCCUGAGCUGAUGAAUUUCGACACAGAGUUGCUGUAUAUUGAUAAAGCUGCUCAAGUGUCGCUAGAGAACGUGUUAUCCGACGUGUGUGAACUCGAGCGGGGCAUGGAGGCAGUGCGAAAGGAGCUCGAAGCGAGGGAUUCUCACCGCGCGGCCAACAACCAUGUACUGAGGGACUUCCUGGCCAACGCAGCGGAUAAGCUUAGGAGGCUGAGGACCGAGAGCAAGCACGCACAGGACUCAUUCGCGAUGUGCGUGGAGUACUUCGGCGAGGCGCCCCGCGGUUGCGACGCGAACGCUUUCUUCUCGCUGCUCGUGCGGUUCACGAGAGCGUUUAAGCAAGCGGACGCAGAGAACGAGCAGCGACGCCGGCUUGAGCAGGCCGCGGCGCACGCUGACACCGUCGACCCGCACAAGGCCAAGGUCGCGCAGAAGAAACAGCAGGAGGCUGUGAUCAACGAGUUAAAAACGAAGUCGCAGGCCGUCGGCGAAAAGAAACUGCUUCACCAGGACGAAGUAUACAACGGGGCUUUAGAGGACAUACUCCACGGGCUUCGGUCCGAGCCCUACCGGCGUGCGGACGCAGUACGUCGCUCGCACCGUCGCCGCAUCAACUCGCACCGCCUCUCUAAAGGGCUAGACGACCUGGACGUAUGAUACGAGCCAAACGGGCAGCCGCCCGACCCAAUUCUCACCCCGGUCCAACUCGCAGUCAACUCGAUCAACGCGCGCGAAAAGAAACGCAAAGACCUCGAAAUGGUGCACAAGAAAAACACUAUCUCGAUUUACAACAUUGAGGAGGACUCGGGAGAUUUCCACCCUGGGAACACUCGACGUCCCAAAAUGUCGAACUACAGAGUCGCCCCCACUGAGUGCGAGGUCGACGACCGGUGCGAGCUUAUCAAGUCCACGUACGACGUCAUAUCCAAGUACACGCGAGCUAUGUUCGACAAACAAAACGAAACCGUCGUUUGAACGAUGUGCCUAUUUAUAAACUUCACGUGCAUUACAAUCAAUCGAGCUGGUCUUGCCAUUGGUGAAAAAUUAUUAUUGCAAUGCACGAGAAGAAAUAAUUUGUUACGCCUACAAUUUCAUUCCAUUCCACGUGUGACAGCGAACGCAGUAUUUUGCUACGAACACUUUACAAUUAACUAAUUUGUGAGACGAAAGCUAAGCUUUUGGUAGUUUUAUUUGUAUGCCGCGACACGUAGUAAGGCGCUCCGCAAUCGGUUAGCGCCGUUCCUAAGAUAUUGAGUAAUUUAAUAAACCCCUUCUAGAGUUAUUUGGAAGAAAUCGCUCUCUAGCAAUUGGACCGCCUGAUAAGACAAAGGAGCGGCUUUAACGGGAGCGAGCACAAAGUAGUCUAAAAGCGGCAGGCCUUGUAGUCCCGCUAGAUAAUAAAUAGCCUUGUCUAAUAUACGCACAGUUUUAUACCCACGUAUUUUAAAUCCGACCCAAUUUUUACAAAUAUUUAUUACCCAGUUAUAUGGCUUAAUAUAAUGUAACAGUGUCCUUAAGAUAUUUAUACUCGUAUACACCAAUAAACGACAUUUCGUACUAACGAAUCUUAUAGAAUUAAAAUGUAUAUGCAUUUACAGCAUUUUUGUACCAAUAAUGUGAUAGUUCAAAUUGUUCUCUCUAUAUUUGCAUUUUUUAAUCUGGCAAUGUUAUAGUAUUGUAGUAUGUAGCAUUUGUAUGGAGCAUGACAAGUUUUUGUAUGUUUAAAUAAAUUCCACUACAGUAAACGAAUACGUUAAGAAUAAUAUUUUUCGUAUUAAUCUUUUUAAGUUAGUUUGUUUUGAUUUUUCUCCCGAACGAACACUAAUCCGAUCUGACAUGAAACUCGAAUAAAUUCUUUUAUUAAUUUGUAAAUAUUAAUUUUCUUUAUUGUGAAAGUUCCAAUUUCAGAAAUUGCAUAGAAUGUAAAUAUAGUAUUUUUAUAUGUAUUCACUCAAGGUACUUGAGAGUUAGGCAUGCAAUAAACUUUUGUAGGAUAUUAUAAUUGAUAAUAUAAUGUUAUUAUUAUUACACAAUUUCGUCUGAAAUCGGUACUAUUACAAAUUAAUUAUAUUGAGUAAUUAUUAUAAUUAAUGAUUAAGUAAUUUAAUAUAUUCAUUGCUUAAGCACUUUAGUUUCUAUUAAAGUCUGUAAGCAAUUACAUCAACGUAAUAUGUUUGAAAACAUAUUUACUGCCUUUUGUGAUAAAAAAGCAUAAUUGUUUACUAUUGUAUCAAUAUACGAAAUAUUAACACUUCGCAAAAAAGGGAAUAAAUUAUUAAUAUCAUAAUUUGAGUCAUUAUAAUUCUAUUCUUAAUUCUUAUAUUUGAUUGUUACUUACUUUAAAUUUAAAAUCAAUAGUCAUUAUGUGAGAUGGCUUUUAAGAAUUUUUAAUUGUUAAUUUCGCGUUGAUGUAAUUACAUGCAUACGGCCUCCCGGGCUACCGUAACAUAAGGGUGCUUGAACGCACAUUGCUACGUAUCUUUUGCUCGUGUAUUUUUUAUAUAUUUUAUAUGGUUUCGCUAAGUCACGACGGAUUCGACAAAAGUAAUGUUUGUUUAAAUUAUUAAUACAGGGUUUUAUAUCAAGCGAAUAUGCACAAAGACUUAUUACAAUGAGGAUGUCGAAUUUUCUCAAUAUGUUGUGUAUAAUUUGAUAUUAAUAUUGAUCACACAGAAGUGAACAUGUUAACAAAGUUAUUGUCAUUCUUGUAAUCUGACUACAGAUUUUUUAAUGAAACUAUUUUAUUAUUUAUUCAAACUUCCCUUCAUAACUGAAGAACCUUUAAUUUUGUAUUAAUUACGAAUUUUUCUUUUUAUCAUAUCAAUCGUCUUCACUGUCUGUAGUUGGAGUCAUGUUUUUAAGUUUAGUAGAAGUUUAUGAUGUUUUCUGUAUAGUUAUUUGUAU